CAAUUUCAAACUAUAGUUAAAUCAUUCUUUCUUUUCCAUUCCUUCUUUUUUUUUAAAAAAAAAAUCACAUACUCUUACACGUAUCAUUUAUCAUGAAACUUUCUGCCAUUGUCGCUGCUGCCCUUCUUAGUGUUGUUUCCGCUCAACAAUCUUCUACACCCAUCAUUUCUGUCACUGCUCCUUUACAAGGUGCUUCAUACAAGGCUGGUGACAAGGCCACUAUCUCAUGGAUUAACCCCACUGUUGAUAGUAUCUCUCAAAUUGUGUUGGCUAAAGGUCCUAGCACUGCUUUACAACCUGUCACCACUAUUGCCACCAAUGUAGCUGCCUCUUCUGGUUCAUACACAUGGAAUAUUCCUGCUGAUACUCCUGCUGGUUCUGAUUACGCCUUUGAAUUCGGUACUUCUCCCAACUUGGCCUACACUGGUCAAUUCUCUAUCACUGGUGGUUCUGCUGGUAGCAGCAACUCUUCUUCUUCCUCUUCUGGUGCUGCUUCUUCCGGUACUGCUGCCUCCUCUUCUGCCAGUUCCUCUAAGCCUUCUGGUUCUUCAUCCUCCUCUGGUUCUUCUGCUUCCUCUGGUUCUUCUGCUUCUUCUGGUUCCUCCGGUUCCUCUGGUUCCUCUCCUUCUGCUUCUGGCUCUGGUGCUUCCUCUUCUUCUUCUAGUGCCGCCAACUCUUUGACCGUUGGUUCCUUCGCUGCUGCUGGUGCCGCCGUUGUUGCUGUCGCCCAAUUCUUCUAAAUCUUUGUUUUUCCUUAUUGACUACUCCUUUAUUAUCUACCUAUUAGAUCCCACUAUUCUUCCUUUUUUUAUAUAUAUGUAUUACUCUUUUAUUCCAAAUAUUAGUUUUUAUUGUUUUUUUUCCUAACUACAAAAAUAUCGAAAUAAAUUACUUAAUUUUGCAGAUUUACCAAA